ACUAUUUUUUGCAUUUUGUUGCUAUUACUUGCAGGAUAAAAUUCCUGCCCAAAAGGAAAUAUUGCAAGACAAAAUGGAAGAAGACUUGUCAAACAUGGCUGAAUUCAGUAGACUUCAGCAAACUGAAAUAAAGGAGGAGACCAUGCGUGAAAAGUAUGAAGUUACUGAAGAAGGUGUAGAGGACAAGAAGGAAAGAACCUUCUGCCCUGGAGAAUGUUUAGAGAGGUUUUCAUUUAAGGAUAAAAGGACAGAAGGGCUGUCAGAUGUGGGGAAUGAAGAAUUGACUGAGGUAUAUAGAAAUUUUUCUCAUAAUCUUUUAAUGUUAUGGAAUUAAUAUGUUAACUGUUAGAGAAAUCUGCUGAAAAUAACUCUUAGAAAGUCCAACAUGUUUAUUUAUUUAUUUAAUGUUAUCCAUUGAUAUCUGUUUCUCAAAUCAUGUUUCCUUCAGUGGGAAGUUUUGUUUGGAAGCGAGGAAGUUGCCAUGAAUGAACCUAGUCAUCCUGAUGAUGAUUGCUUUUACUUGAAGGAUAAAAGGGCAGAAGGGCCGUCCUAUGUGGGGAAUGAAGAGUUGACCGAGUGGGAAGCUUUCUUCGGAAGCGAGGAAGUUGCCAUGAAUGAACCUAGUGACCUUGAUGAUGAUUUCUUUUACUUGAAGGAUAAAAGGGCAGAAGGGCCGUCCUAUGUGGGGAAUGAAGAGUUGACCGAGUGGGAAGCUUUCUUCGGAAGCGAGGAAGUUGCCAUGAGUGAACCUAGUGACCUUGAUGAUGUUAUCUCAUCUCAUCGCUUCCUGUCUGCAACCUUCAACACGGCAGAGCCCUCAAGGAAGAAACUGCAUUCUGGUGCAAAACCGAGCAGGCAUGCAGUAGCUCCAUCCAUCACCUCAUUUCUGAGACUUCCUCGUCCCCAUUUCUGCCGGAUGUUUGACUACCCUCAAGCGCUUGGUGGCCACCAUAACGCUCACAAACACGAGCGAGCAGCUCAGCAAAACUCUCCAGCCACCGACCAGCAGCAAUACCAUCCACUUGCUCUGUUCCCCGCUGAUCAACAUCAACAACAUACCUCAUCGAUACCAUUUCCCCACUCCCCGGGCAUGGACCAUACCGUGGGUACAGUCGUGUUUGUUAACGUGUUGCAGGUACCCAUCCAGCCGCAGCAGCACCUUCUUUCCAGCUCGGUCCCUCAUCAGAGUUUUCUAGGCGUUUCGACUAAUCCCGACGCUCUCUCCCCUACCACGGAUGUGGAUGAUUUAUCUGCCGAUAUUGACCUCACCCUUCGCCUGUGAAGCAACGCGUUUCUCUUUCUCUCAACUUCUUUAAUCAUAUUAUAGUGUCAUAUCAAGAUCGACCGGUUGGGAUCAGUAUGAUCAUGCAUGGUGACUAUGUUGGGGCUUCAUUCCUCAGUGUUUAAACUCUAAUUUAGUUUUUCAUGUACCAAUAUAUAUAUAUAUAUAUGUAGAUUCUGCUGAUGUAGUUUCAACUUUAUUUUAAUAAUAUCUCUAUUUUUGU